UCCCCUUUCCUUCUUCAUCAUCACUUCCGGCAUCACAACCCUCACUGCAUCUUCCUUAGAAUCCCCUCUCCUCUCUACAAUCAUCACCUUCAAAAAGCGCCUGGCUUCCCCAUACUCACAUAUACAAAAUACGCUCGCAUCUCCCUAGUACACAUAUCCACAUCCUUUAAUAACAAUGGUUAAGGAAACCAAGUUCUACGAGGCCCUCGAGGUCGAUCCCAGCUGCUCUGACUCUGAGCUCAAGAAGGCCUACCGCAAGUUGGCCUUGAAGUACCAUCCUGACAAGACUGGAGGCGCUACUUCUGAAAAGUUCCAAGAGAUCAGCCACGCAUAUGAUAUCCUUUCCGACUCCCAGAAGCGUACGAUCUACGAUCAAUAUGGCGAGGCUGGACUUUCCGGCGAGGGUGGUCCUGGAAUGGGCGGUGGCCUUUCUCCCGAGGAUUUGUUCUCUCACUUCUUUGGAGGUGGCGGCGGUGGACGUGGUGGUCGCCCUUCGGGUCCCCGCCGUGGCAAGGAUGUUGCACACGGACUGAAGGUCUCUCUGGAGGAUCUCUAUAAGGGCAAGACUACCAAGCUUGCUCUCCAGAAGAACGUCAUCUGUGAACACUGCGAUGGUAAGGGAGGCAAGGAGGGUGCUGUCAAGACUUGCACAACUUGCCAUGGCCAGGGUUACCGUGUUAUGUUAAGACAGAUGGGCCCUAUGAUGCAGCAGAUCCAGCAGCCUUGCGGCGACUGCCGUGGUGAGGGUGAAAUCAUUAACCCCAAAGACAAAUGCAAGUUCUGCAAUGCUCGCAAGGUCUUACAGGUCCGCAAGGUCCUCGAGGUCCACAUCGAUCGAGGCAUGAAGGACGGCAGAAAGAUUGUCUUUAAUGGCGAGGGUGACCAGGCGCCAGGCACUGUCCCCGGCGAUGUAGUUAUUGUUCUGGAGCAGCGUGAGCACGAUCGCUUCAAGCGCAGCGGAGACGACCUGUUCUACGAUGCCAAGAUCGACCUCGUUACUGCCCUUGCUGGUGGAAAGAUCCAGAUCCCUCAUCUUGACGACCGUGUCCUCGUCGUCGAGAUCCUUCCUGGCGAAGUCAUCAAGCCUGGUGAGUUGAAGGCUGUGAUGAACCAGGGCAUGCCCACGGAAAGACACCACGACUUUGGCAAUCUCUAUAUCCAGUUUGAGAUCGAGUUCCCUGCCUCCAACUGGACCGAGCUUACAAAGAUCGAGCAGCUCCGAUCUAUCCUCCCUCCAGCUACUCCACUUCCUACCAUUCCUAAGGGAGCACAUAUUGAAGAGGUCAGCUUGACCGAGAUGGAUCCUCGCCAGAAGGCGAGAGCCGAGCAAGGUCAUAUGGGAGGCGAUGACGACGAGGAGGGUGGCCAUCCCGGCGUGCAGUGCGCACAGCAGUAAAUACAAAUCCACAGCCGCAAUCCAGAUGCAUUUUGCAAUUGUAGAGAGUCGUUAUCUAUCUAUCUUCUUUACAGUCAUAUCAUGUUUCGUUUCCUCUUUGUUUUCUCUCUCUUUUUCUCUCCCAUUAAAGUAUUUUUUUAAUCACUA